GGUGAAGUUCACCAGAACAAAAAAGUUGCAGGGCGCUGAAGACUGAACCCGUGAGAAUGCGCGCAAGUUCCACACGCACUUAUUUGUAACGUCGGAUCACGACUUUUGGAAUUUUCUUUGAACGCAUUUGGAUCUGGACUUUCGUGCGGCGAUACUGAGGAUUUAUUUGAGACACUCUGGGUUGUACAGAUUUCUUCAGCCAUUUCUGUGAUGUAUAUGAACAGGACAGAGAUGUUCUAUAACAACUCCAUGGGAAAUGGCUCAGAGGAAGACUAUUAUGAUGACUAUGAUGAUGAUGAGCAUGAAGAACUUAGGCAAUCACUAAACAUCAUGUCACUCAUAGUCUACUGUUUAGCCUUUGUGCUUGGAGUUGUUGGGAAUGGCAUUGUGAUAUGGGUGUCUGGAUUCAAGAUGAAGAAGACAGUGAAUACAGUUUGGUUUCUCAACCUGGCAGUAGCAGACUUCCUAUUCACUGCCUUCUUGCCUCUCAGUGUGGCUUACACAGCCAUGGGUUUCCACUGGCCAUUUGGACGCUUUAUGUGCAAGCUCAACAGCACACUCAGUUUCCUCAAUAUGUUUGCCAGCGUGUACAUUCUGGUGGUGAUUAGUGUGGACCGUUGUAUAUCAGUUGUUCGUCCAAUAUGGGCACAGAACCAUCGCAGUGUCAGUUGUGCAUCCGGACUGAGCCUUGGCGUCUGGAUAUUUGCUUUACUUUUGAGCUCUCCCUACUUUGUCUUCAGGGACAUUGCUCCGGACUACAAUAAUCAAAAUGUUAUUAACUGUUUUAACAACUUUGCCUUUUCUGAUGAUUAUGAGACUACAGAAGUGGUGGAGCUCCGUCUCCUUCGGCACCGUGCUAUGAUCAUCACACGUUUUCUUCUUGGGUUUGUAGUGCCUUUUUCAAUUAUUGUCUCCUGCUAUGCAAUCAUCAUCCAUCGACUCAAAAGAAACCGUUCAAUGUCUGGUCGCACAGGGCGGCCUUUUAAGAUCAUUGCUGCUGUGAUCACAGCUUUUUUCCUAUGCUGGGCUCCAUACCACAUCCUGGUGCUGAUCGAGAUGGCUCACCACAUGGCCCCCAAGAAUAGCCCGACUCUGGAGCAUAUAACUACUAUUGGCAUUCCUAUAGCCACUAGUUUGGCUUUUCUCAACAGCUGCCUGAAUCCAUUAUUAUAUGUGUUCAUAGGUCAGGAUUUCAAAGAUAAGGUGCGGAAGUCUAUCUUGAAAGUGCUGGAAACAGCAUUUACAGAGGAGGUAUCACGCACUAACACCUAUACAAACUCCAUGGUCAACACCCGCAUCAAAGACCAAGGAAGUAAGUCCUUUUCGGAUGUAGAGCUGUAGGAAAUAAAUGCAAUCAACCCCUUUUUCAAGUAGAGGGCAUAUGUCAUUGUAAUUUUGAUGCCUAUAAGAAAUAACCUUUAAAUUUGUAUGAUAGAAAAACUGCAACCUAUAAACAAACUACACUGUGUAAACAUUUUGGAUUAUGACUAACUAGAAUACAAAUUUAAAUGCAAUUUAAACAUAUGUAUAUAUCUACAUGUCCCAACUCCACUGCUUGGUCACUAUUUUGAAAGAAGAUUGGUCACAAUUGGUCUUGAAAACAUCAGUAGUAUUUCCUCAAACUGAAGCAAAUACACUACAAUAAGGAAGAUUAAAUGUUAGGACAUAAUCAUGGAAAUCAGAGAAGCCCAUGAAAUUUUUGUCCUUUUAUCUCAAGAUCACAGCUUAUUUUUCUUUUCAUGUCAAAAAUGCAUUUAUGAUAUACAACUUAUUUGACCACAUGUUUUUUUAAUGUAAGCAGGGACUAACAAGAGACACAAUAGCUGGUGCAGUGAAAGAGCAUCUGCCUUGCUGCUUUAAGCACCUAUGAUUGAUUUUGAACAUUGGUGUUGACCCUAACUCUAACCCUAACCCAGUAGACAUUAGACACUAAUGCAACUAUUCUGUCAUAGACAUAAUAGUGAUUCUGAAGCAUAAAUUUCAUUACCAGCCUAUUUGACAGUCUACUGUAGGAUGUCUCAUGUUUGCAUAAAAGUGAACAAAAUGUUUGGUAAUAGAAUAUUAUUAAUUAUUUUAGAAAUUAUAUAACAGUGUAUUUGACAUUUGACUAUACUAGUACUGUAUGACAUUGAACUCACUAAUUUAAUGCUAGUAUGCUAUGGCUACAUGAUCUUGAAAAAUAACCUAUUAACGAACAAUUUUUGACACGAUUACAAGAACAAAAAUGUAUGAGCUCAAGAAAUAUCUGGGGAUCACAAGAAAAAUAAAUUGUGAUCUUGAGAUAACAGUGCAGAAAAAAUAAAUUAUUUAUGGGCAUUCUGAACUUCAAUGAACAACUUGGUUUUAUAAAGUUCAUUUUGGUUUUUGUGGGAAUACCAAAAAAGCAUUGUAUUGUUAGAAUUCAGGCUGUUGACAGUUUGGUUCCAAUUGAAAGCCCAAACAUAAAUUCUGAAACUCUUGUCUUGGCAGAUAUUCAAGAUGAAGAUUUUAUUCAUUGCUAAAUAAAAUGAGAGAGAGAUGCACUGAUUUCAAAAUUCAUACUUUUUACGUUUGUAUAUUUUGAUUGUUUCAAAGAGCAUAUAGGGCUUAAAGAUUAUUUAGUCAUAAGUGUUGUUAUAUUGUUAAAAUAUAUUUUAUCUGUUCUUUACUAUUGGAACUUUAUGGUAAUGGUAAAUUAUCAGCAAGAACCUUUACUAGAAAUACAUCAUUAUUUUGUUUGUUUUAUUGUUAUAGGUGGUAUUAUAAUAAACUGGAUACAAAAUUGUCUCUGUACUUCCUCUUUUCUCAGCAUGAGGAAGACCUUUAAUUAUAGUACAUGGUGUGAUAUUUUCUGUGUAGUACAAUUACUUUCAAUAAUGUAUAUGUAUUAUAUCUAUGCCUUGAUUUUCUUUUAUUUUGUUCAAUAUAUUUAAUCAUCAUUUUUCAUGAUAUCAUAUAAGAAUGUAUUGUAUUAGCUUUUUAUAUUUUUCUAAAUGUUGUAAAAUACUAACAACAUUAAAUGUGUCAAUCAAAAUAAUAAAGUCAAAUUUAGUACAAAUACUUUAGUACUACCAAAGAAAUAAACAAAGGAUUGUCUGGGUGUGAUGUGCUCAUAAUAAUGUUUUUUUUUACUUAAAAAUUACAGAAAUAACUAAUUCAAUUAUUUGUGCUCAAAAUCAAAAGAUGCAUAUUAAAUUAUAUUUUAGGAUUUAACCUUGUAUUUCUUGGCAUUUAUGUCUAGAUGUUUUAAACAACAUAAAACAAAGAACCUUUGUAUUAAUGUAUAAUGUAUAGGAAUAGAUAAGCCUUGAAGUAAAUUUAAUUAUUUCAUAUUUGGUUGCUUAUACCUUGCUUGCAAUAAUUUCAUGAAGCUAUCUACUUGACAUUUUAAGAAUAGGUAAAGAAUAUUUUUAAUAACUUUUACUUUUACUCUUACUUUUAAUUUAAGGCUCUUUUUGUUGUUUGUCUCUGGAGUUUCUCCCGUGAUGGAAAAUUUUAUGAAGAUUUUAUUUUUUCAUCAGAAAGAGCAGGAGCAGGUUCAUUAACAACUUAAGAGUUGUUAAGUGUAAUAAUAUCUUAGAUUAUAUCUAAUCAUAAUGAUUAUCUGAUUAUCUAUUAUCAUAAGACAAAACCUCUUCAGUUUUCUGUGUUUGAAACAUGCCUAUAAAAUUUCAAUGUACCAAAUGAUUGAGGCCCAUCCUCUAUCAUGCUAUAUGAGAAGCGUUGGGUCAUGUUGUGAAGCUUUUUGUGAACCUUUUUACUCUUUCCCAUGCCUACCAGUAUGCUAUUUUAUCAAAACUUCUACAACACUUCCUUCCAUCUCUUCUCCAUGUGGUGAAAUGCAUGUUUAACAGGGUUAAGGCCUGGUAUAUUGACUUAAAGGUUUUGUUGAACUGGCAGUGUGUUUAGGAUGAUUGUCUUGCUGUAUGAUAAAGCUCCUACCAGGAUGCACUCUGGAAAUUGGAAGACAAAAUCUAACAUUUGAAUUGUUUUUUGCUGCUACCCUCAUGAGUCACAUCAUCAGUAAAUAUUAGUAAGCCUGUUCCUUCAGGACAUUACCUCCACCCUGCUUGAUUGAUGACCUUGUAUGUUUUAGAUCAUGAGCCGAAACUUUCUUCCUCUGCAUUUUGGCCUUUCCAUCAUUUUAACAGAUGUUAAUUUUGGUUCCAGAAUGUUUUUUAUUAUAUUCAUGUCCUGUUAUUAUUACUGCUCAUGAAUUGAUUUACAUUUUGUAGUAUUUUGCCUAUAUUUCUGCUCUCGAAGUUUUCAUUGAAAGGUGACUUCACCCCAUCCUGUGUAGGUUAUUGGUGUCACAUACUGCUGUUUUGGGGUUUUCCUUUAUACUGUAGUUCUUAUAGUGUUUCUGUCAUGAGCUGUUUUCCUUUGCUAACCAAACACAUCCCAAAUUGUUGUAUUUGCUAGAUGUGUGUGAAAUGCAUAUGACUUUCUUUUUUUUCCUCAGCAUCAAAAUAGUCUGCUUUUAUCCCAUUAUCAGUGCUCUAAUCUGAUAUAAUAUUUAACAACAAUUACACAGGUGAAACUAAAAGCUAAAAACAAGAUUAGAUGUCCAGCACUAUGUAUUGGUAUUGUCUAAACAAUCAAACAGAACAUAGGUAACUUCCAAUAUUUUUUUUGUUCUAAGCUCUCUUCUCAUAUUUAACUUUUGAGCAUAAACCCUAAUAUCUUCAGUGUAUAGCGAAAACAAAUUUUAAAAAAUUUUUAAGGUGGUCCCUCUGUUUAAGAAGGGGGACCGGAGGGUGUGUUCCAACUAUAGGGGGAUCACACUCCUCAGCCUCCCUGGAAAAUUCUAUGCCAGGGUACUGGAGAGGAGAAUUCGGCCGAUAGUCGAACCUCGGAUUCAUGAGGAACAAUGUGGGUUUCGUCCCGGUUGUGGAACAUUGGACCAUCUCUAUACCCUCGCCAGGUUGCUGGAGGGUUCAUAGGAGUUUGCCCAACCAGUUCACAUGUGUUUUGUGGAUCUGGAGAAGGCUUUCGACUGUGUCCCUCAUGGUGACC